AGUGUGAUCAUUUCCCUCUUAGCCACCGGCAAGCCAACAUCAAACAUACAACCUGUGACAGAGGAAUAACACCUGAAACUUUGUCUCCCAAGCUGUGAAUGGAGACUUGUUUUUUUCUCAAACUAGCUAAAGGAAGGCAGUGUGUUUCCCUUACAAACCAAGAGGAUAAGAAGUCAAACGGAAUAGCUCAUCAGAGUUUAAUGAAUGUUCUAUUGAAAAGCUGAUUUCUAUGAAUUGAAGUCCAACAACUAAAAGUGGAAAAAAAUCCUCUUUGUUUCCUCAACAAAGUGAAGCACUUGCUUCUGGAAAACUGCAUAUAAAACCUUUAAAAGAAACUUUAAUUUAUAGAAAAAAAAGCCAUAGUCAUGGAUAUCUUUGGUGGUGCUCCUCGUGUCCUGGGUUAUCCGCGCCCUGUGGUGGCACAGUGCGGAACAGACGCAACACUGAGGUGCCAAAUAAGUGGAGACCCACGUCCAGAUGUCAUCUGGGAGCGCAAAAACGUUCAAAUCUUGCCUGAAAGACGCUACAAGAUCUCAGAGGAAGGAAAGCUGUACUUGCUGACUAUAACUGGAGUGACUCAACAGGACGCUGGCCAGUACAUCUGCAAGGCUCGAAAUAGCAUUGGUGAAACGUAUGCAGCAGCUUCUCUUAAAGUAGAAGGAGAGACCCCACUGAAAGAAAUGGAACCCCACCUAGAGGUUAAUGGUCAUUCAGAAAAGGAAAAUGGAGAAUUCGGAGUACACCUUAAUGGCUACAGCAUAGUGCAAAAUGGUGCAAGGGAGGAAGAAAUAAAAGAUGAGAAGAAGUGGAAUAAUGGGUCAAACGAUAAAUUACAAGAUGUUGAUUUACCUUCCAAUGAUAAACCUCGGUUUCUCAUUAAGCCCUUAUCGCUUCGUGUUGAUCGGGGAGAAGACGCUGCCUUCUCCUGUAAACUUUGGGGCACACCUCUACCUGUAGUUACUUGGGAAAAAGAUGGGAAAAAGCUGAAUGAUAUUUUUGAGAGCUCACACUUUAGUGUGACCAAUCAAGAUGGCGGCUGGUUCCAACUCAAGAUCUACAGGACUCGCAUGCCAGAUAAAGGUGUUUAUACCUGCAAGGCGGUAAACUGUCAUGGCGAGGCCUUGGCUGGGGCAGUUCUGCUUGUGGAGUCUGUCCCAGAAAAAGAAGAGAGUAGAAUAUCCUUAAACAGUCGUUCGAACAGCCAGUGGUCACCAAAGUCAAGAGGUGGGCGGCUGAGUUUGUCAAAGCUCGUGGAGGAGACAAUGGCCAGUGCGUCAAAAGUGAAAAAGUUUGCAGUAACAGAAGGAAAGCACGCCAAGUUCCGCUGUUUUGUGACAGGCAAGCCAAAGCCCGAGAUAAUCUGGAAGAAAGAUGGGGUUCCCCUUGAGCCCGGCAGACGUCAUUUGAUCUUUGAGGAUAGAGAAGGCUACUACACAUUGAAAGUUCUGUACUGUAAGGUGCAGGAUACAGGGCUGUAUGUGUGUGCUGCAUCAAACGCUCUAGGAAAUACCCUCAGUGCGGUCCACCUGACUGUGCAAGGUCCAGCUGUCAAGUUCAGACGCCCAUUAAAGGACGAGGAAGUGAAAGAAAGGGAUGCGGCUGUCCUGGAGUGUGAGGUUCCCGAUGAGACAGUCCAAACGGCAUGGUACCUUGAAGACCAGAGGCUAAUGCCCAGCAGUAAAUACGCAAUGGAGCAGAAAGGAACGAGAAGAAGACUUACUAUUCACGAUGUUGGAACAGAUGACGAUGGAGUCUACCUAUGUGAAAUGCCCAAUGGUGCGAAGAGCAUUGCAGAGCUAUCAGUUAAAGGUAGUAUUGUGCGAAAACUUCCCCGAAAAUUGGAGGUCCUGGAGGGCGAGAAUGCAGCUUUCUGCGUCGAGGUGGAAAAUGAUGAUAUGGAGGUCCACUGGUUUAAAGACGGAUUGAAGCUCCACGAGACGCACCAAACCAUCCUCAAGUCUUUUGGCAAAACUCAUAUUCUGGUCUUCGUCAAUGUGGCCCAUCACGACUCCGGAGUGGUGACGUUUGUGGUUGGAAGGUCCAAAACGUCAUCAAGACUUAAAGUUAAAGCCACAAGACACUGCCCUCCAAUCGGCCCUGCAGAAGUUAAGAUGGACAUCGACAGACCCAAUAGUGCUUUACUCAGCUGGGAGCGCGCCGCCAACAGCCAGACCACCACCAGAUCCAUAUUUGUCCUGGAGAUGCAAGAGGUGGGCUCACAAGAGUGGCACAAGUGUUUUACCUCAGAGACAGCCACCUCGGCGGAAGUCACCGGUGACGCUGUGCCUUGUGAAGGAAACUACCGCUUCCGUAUCUGCAGCAUCAACAAGUAUGGACGAAGCGGUCAUGUAGAGUUUCCAAAGGUUGUCCAUCUUGCCCCUGGACCUAAAAUUCACAGGAAUCUCAAAACCUGUGAGGUGACGCAAGGGGAAGAUGCUCAUUUCUCCAUCGAGUUGUCAGCGUCAAUGCCUGGAACUUGGUUUCUAAAUAGUUCUCAACUAAACCAAGGAGGACGGUAUUCAAUACAGCAAAAGCAAACAACACACUCACUGGUGAUUCAUAAAACUGAAACGGCUGAAGACAUGGCAGAAAUCACCUUUAUAGCCAACGGAGUCAGAGAUUCAGCGGUACUCAAGGUCAAACCUAUUGUGGCGAAUUUCAGUCCACUAUCAGAGAUAGAUAUCAACAAGAGAGUGGACACAGGUGAUGCCAUCGUCCUGUAUUGUGAGGUUUCCCAUCCCCUCGCAAAGGUAUCCUGGUUUAAAGAUGGCAACGGCCUUGAGGUGAUGGAAGGCCUCAACAUCCAGGCAGAGGGCAAUAUGCGGAGAAUCGUGAUCCAGUCUGCUAAUGCGUCACACUCUGGAGUUUACACUUGUCAAAUGCCCGGGGACGUCAUCACUUUUAAUGUAGACGUUGCAGGUCCCCCUGUAGAAUUUACUCCAGUGCAGGAGGAGGAGCUCAUUAAGAGCAGCAUGGAGCUGGACCCCGUGGUGCUGCUGUGCCAUGUCUCCAGAGAGGAUGCUGAAGUCAAAUGGCAUAAAAACGGUCAGGAGGUCCAACCAAGUGACAACAUAACUCUCCAGGUGGAAGGAACCAUGAGGAGACUAAUUAUUCGCUCUGCAGAAAGCUCAGAUGCUGGGUGCUACACCUGCCAGGCAGGAAAGAACAACGUGGUGUUUACCGUCAAUGUCAAGGAACCUCCAGUUAUGAUUGUGGAACCUAAAGAGGAUGUAGUGAUGAAGAUCUACAUACCAGAGGAGAUAAACUUGCAGUGCGAGUUAUCUCGCUCCAAUGGGAAGGUGCGGUGGUUGAAGGAUGGCGAGGAGGUGCGGGAUAAUGACUUAAUCCAGCUGGUGUCAGAAGGUCCCUACAGAAAACUGACCAUCCUGCGCAGCUGUAAGGAGGACAGCGGGGAGUACAUCUGUGAAACCAAUGGGGACUCCGUCUUCUUUCAGGUUACUGCGACAGAACCACCUGUAAGAAUUAUUUCUCCUAGCGAUUCAGAAGUAGAAGUGACACACUUGGCGUCAGAGAGGCUGGAGCUAUGCUGUGAGAUCUCCAAAGUGGAUGCCCCAGUUAGGUGGUACAAAGACAAUCUAGAAGUAGAGGAAGGUCCUAACUUGAUCCUGGAGGUGGAUGAAGCCAAACGACUACUAGUUAUACCCUUAGCGACAGUGGAGGAUACAGGAGAGUAUGUUUGUGACACUGAAGACGACUCUACGGUCUUCUUGGUGACUGUUACAGAGCUGCCAGUCACACUUUCUCGACCCAAAAACAUACCGGAAAAACUGGUUAGGGCAGCAGGUAAACCAAUUGUUUUGGAGAUUGAAGUGUCGCGGCCAACAGCAGAAGUCAAAUGGUGGCUUGAUGGUAAAGAAGUAAAGCAAAGCAGUAACGUCACCAUAACGGAAGAUGAGUUCAUCCGUCGACUAACCAUUCACUCGCCUACUCCAGAAGAUUCUGGGAAAUAUACCUGCUACACAACCGAUGAUAAAAUUGACUUCCAAGUUAAAGUUUUAGAGCCACCUGUGUUGAUCUUAAGAAAGUCGGAGAUCAACACAAACCUGGAGUUUUUGGUUUCAGAUGAUAUUGUCCUAGAGUGUGAGCUCUCCAGGGAAAACGCUAAAGCCAAGUGGUACAAGGAUGGUGUUCGUAUAGAGGGGGAUGAAAGGUUCUGUGAGGAAGAAGAAGGAGCGUUCCGCUCACUUGUCAUCCUCAAUGCUGAACUCACUGAUUCGGGGAAAUACCUCUUGGAUGUUGGAGACGACAGUAUCGGUUUCCAGGUUUCAGUAAAAGAGCCACCCGUGACCAUUGUAGGAAACUCAUAUGACCCUGAUCACCAGGAGAUGGUGGCAGGGGAUGACCUUAUACUCGCCUGUGAAGUGUCCCGAGCCAGUGCCCCUGUUAGCUGGUACUGUAAUGACAAACUGCUCAUCUGUGAUUCCCGCACAUCCAUUGAAAGCUACGGAGCGGUGAGAAAAAUUAUUAUCUCCUGCAUCCAACCGUCAGACUCUGGAAAGUAUAUUUGCGAUGCCAUUGACGAUAAGAUGAUCUGCACGGUCAGGAUUCAAGAGCCUCCCGUAACAUUUGUAAACAAGGAGGAGGAUAAUGUCGUGACAGGUUACGAAGCAGAGAGUGUGACCUUGACAAGCUACGUGUCCAAGGAGACUGCUCACGUACGUUGGCUUAAAGAUUGGACACCUGUCGAGGGCGAGCGAUUUUGUGCUCUCACGGAGGGUCAUCAACGCACUCUCACCAUUGAGCCCUUGAGACGCUCUGAUGCCGGAGAAUACACGUGUGAUGCCAACACCGACCAACUCCACUUUAGUCUGCUGGUCAAAGAAAUGAGAAUCAAGUUUCUAAGGCCGCUGCGAGACACUGUGGCUCACGCCGAUGGCAUGGUGACCCUACGAUGUGAGGUGUGCAAACCAAAAGCGGAUGUGCAAUGGCUAAGAAAUGGUGAGGAAGUGGUGCCAAGCAGGAGGUUCUCCAUCCGGGCAGAUGGGGUUGAAAGAAGUUUGACCAUCCACCGUCUAACCCGAGAGGACGCGGGCGAGUAUACCUGUGAGUCCAGAGAUGACCGGACCUCUGCAGUACUGACAGUUAAAACACCUCGGGUGGUUGAGUUUCUCACCGAGCUCCACAACACUUCUGUGAUGGAAGGAGAGGAUGCCACUUUCAAGUGUGUAGUCUCUCCUGAGGACGUGCAGUUAGUCUGGCUCAUGGAUAAUGAGCCAAUCAUGUUGGGCGAUCGUUUCCAAGCAACCCAGAAUGGUCUGUGCCACACCUUAGUGAUAAAAAAAUGCCAGCUAUUGGAUAGUUCAAAGAUUUCAGCAGAAGCUGAAGGAAAGAUGACCAAGGCCAGCCUCAAAGUUCAGGAGGCUCAGGUCAUGUUCACAAAGAAAAUGGAAGCUGUUAUGGCAGAGGAGUUUGGUGAAGCCACCUUGGAGACGGAGAUAAGCCUGGAGACAGGCGAAGUUCAGUGGAUGAGGCAAGGGGUGGUAAUCCAGUCCGGUCCCCGCUACACUUUGGGCCAGAAUGGCUGCAAACGCAGCCUUACAAUCCAGAACCUGAGCUUGUCGGACCGGGGAACCUAUCGCUGCGAGACCCUGCAUGACCGGGCACAGGUCAAACUCAACGUAGAACCUCGAAAAAUCUCCAUCCGCAAAGGCCUGACUGACCAAGAAACGGUGGAACGUGAGACCGCCUCUUUUGAGGUGGAGCUCUCUCACAAGGACGUGGAAGGUACUUGGCAGAAAGACGGCAUCCGAGUGAAGCCCAACAACCAGUUCAGAGUGAGUGCCAAUGGUCGCUUCCAUGGUCUUACCCUCUCCAACCUGUCUAUGGAGGACACGGGCACCAUCGUUUUCUCAGCUGAAGGAGUGCGCACCACGGCAAGGCUCACAGUCAAAGAGACACCGGUGUCUAUCCUGAAGCCGCUGGCUGAUGUUCGUGUGGAGGAAGAAUUUCCUGCCACUUUGGAAUGUGAACUCUCAAGACAAAAUGUUGAAGUCAAAUGGUUUAAGGACGGGGUAGAAGUGAGGCCUGGAAAGAACUGCCGGAUCUAUUCCAUGGGUCGGAAGCGCUUCUGCCUGAUCCUGCAAUGCUCCCUGGCCGACUCAGGCUGUUACACAUGUGACUCGGGGGAAAUCAACACUUCCUGUUCCGUGCAGGUGUAUGAGCAUGAGCUGGUCAUUGUAAAAGAGCUUGAAGAUCUGAACAUAAAAGAAGAGCAGAACGCGGUAUUCAUGUGUGAAGUUUCCUUGGAGGACGUGAGUGGGGAAUGGUACAAGAAUAACCAAAGGAUUCGACCCUCAAGCACUACAAAAAUGCGCACAGAAGGGACCAAACAUUUUCUACUGAUCUGUAAUGUCACGGCAGAGGACGCAGGAGAAAUCUGUUUUGCAGUGAGGAACCUCAAAUCAACAGCGUACCUGGAAAUCGAAGAACUUCCGGUUUCUAUCGUAAAACCCUUGAGAGAUAGAACAGCCCUGGAGAAACACCGUGUCAUCCUGGAGUGCACGGUUUCCUCGCCACGUGGUAGCGCAACCUGGUACAAAGGCAAACGGGAGCUUGAGUCUUCGGAUCGGGUGGAGAUCGUUGCAGAUGGCUGCUCCCACAAACUGGUGAUCCACCAAGUAGAUGUGGAGGACGAAGGUACCUACAGCAUUGAGAUUGGGGAGCACACUUCCCAAGCAAAACUUCUGGUUGAAGCCCAGGCCCUAGUGAUGGUGAAAGAGCUUCAAGAUGUGGAGGUGACUGAGCCAGAGCCCGCCUCUUUCCAGUGUGAGGUGUCUGUUGCCAUCAACAAGCCUCCAGUUUGGAUUUUGAAUGGAGUGACCCUCCAAGCAGGCCCUUUCAUCUGCAUGGAGAGCCACGGAACUGUUCACAAGCUAACCCUGAGGGACACCAGUGUGGACAUGAGCGGGACAGUUAAAUUUACAAUGGGGAAGGCUAAAAGCAGUGCGACACUUGAUGUUUUAGAAAACUAAAAAUAAGAGGGACUGUUCAAUAUUUAAGAAAAAAAAAACUGCCAAAUCAGUAAAAAUGAGUCAGAACUAUUAUUGCAGAGUAAGAAUAGUUAUUAUCUCCUAAUCAAAAAUUUUGAAUGACCUUGUAGUACAUUAAUAUUUAAUUUAUUAUUUUUAAUAGAAGAUUUCUAUUAUACAAGAAAGUUUAUCCCCUGUACUCAAAUGUAUUUCCAGUGCCUGGCAACAAUUUAAAAACAAUCAAAAAAAUAAAUAAAAUUAUUUUGUUGCUGGA